UUUUAAUGUGUAUUGUUUUCUAGAAUGGUAAAGCUGAAUCUUUUCUGCAUCUGGUGGGGAAAAAAUCAUUUCUAGAUUUGCAGUAGAGAUUUAUGGAUCUGGGUUCUGGGAAUGAAGAAUUUGGGGCUAAUUAAAAUUGUUUGACGAACAGGAUUGAAUGGAUCCAUGGCCGAAAAGAGUCAAGAUCACGGCGGUUCCGGCGGACUCGCCGGAGUCGGCACAGUUCCCCGAUGAAGUCCUCGAAAAGAUCCUAUCCUUCCUUGGGUCCCACAAGGACAGGAACGCCGCUUCGCUGGUCUGCAAGGAGUGGUACAGCGCGGAGCGCUGGUCCCGGACCAAGGUCUUCAUCGGGAACUGCUACUCUGUGUCGCCGGAGAUCGUUGCCCGGCGGUUUCCGAGGAUCAAGAGCUUGACUCUGAAGGGGAAGCCCAGAUUUUCCGACUUCAAUCUGGUGCCGCAGAACUGGGGCGCCGACAUCCACGCCUGGCUGGUUGUUUUCGCCAGAGCGUACCCUUUUCUGGAGGAGCUGCGGCUGAAGCGGAUGACGGUUUCCGACGAGAGCUUGGAGUUUCUAGCGACGUCGUUUCAUGGAUUUAAGGCGCUUUCUUUGCUCAGCUGUGAUGGGUUUAGCACUGAUGGGAUUAAAACUAUUGUCACACACUGCAAGAGGUUGACAGAGCUAGACAUUCAAGAGAAUGGGAUGGAAGAUCUUGGGGGGAGUUGGCUAAGCUGCUUCCCCGAAGAAUUUUCGUCCCUGGAAAUCCUCAACUUUGCCAGCCUGGCGAGUGAAGUGAGCUUCGAGGCGCUGGAGAGGCUGGUGGGUAGGUGCAAGUCGCUGAGGGUUCUCAAGGUGAACAAGAGCGUUAACCUCGAGCAGCUGCAUUGCCUUCUGGUGCGGGCCCCACAGCUGUCCGAGCUCGGCAUCGGCUCGUUCCACCAAGACCUCAACCCCCAGCAAUGUGCUGACCUCGAAACUGCCUUCGCCAGGUGCAAACGCUUGGAAACGCUCUCCGGCUUGUGGGACCUCGCCUCUGUCCACCUCCCUGUUCUUUAUCCCGCCUGUCCCCAUCUCACCUUCCUUAAUCUCAGUGAAGCCAUUGUUCAAAGCGCUGAGUUCGUUGAGCUUCUCCGGCAUUGCCAUAAUCUACGCCGCCUCUGGGUCCUUGAUACUGUUGAAGACAAUGGACUUGAGGCGGUCGGACAGAGCUGCCCAUUGCUGGAAGAACUACGGGUCUUCCCCGCGGCCCCCUUCGAUCUCGAGAUCGUUCACGGGGUGACAGAGAAAGGGUUUGUCGCGGUUUCCCGCGGUUGCCGAAAGCUACAUUACGUCCUCUACUUCUGCAUGCGAAUGACAAACGAGGCGGUCGCGGCCGUGGCCCGGAACUGCCCGGACUUCACCCACUUCCGCCUCUGCAUCAUGAAACCCGGGCAGCGUGACUACCUGACCGGGGAGCCGAUGGACGAGGCGUUCGGUGCGGUGGUGAAGUCGUGCAAGAGGCUCCAGAGGCUCGCCGUGUCGGGGCUGCUGACCGACCUCACGUUCGAGUACAUCGGGGCCCACGCCAAGAACCUCGAGACGCUGUCGGUGGCGUUCGCGGGGAGCAGCGACUGGGGCAUGCAGUGUGUCCUCAACGGCUGCCCGAAGCUGAGAAAGCUCGAGAUCCGGGACUGCCCCUUCGGCAAUGUGGCGCUCCUCUCGGGCCUCGAGAAGUACGAGUCGAUGAGGUCGCUGUGGAUGUCGGCGUGCAACGUGACAAUGAACGGGUGCCGGGUGCUCGCGAGGGAGAUGCCGAGGUUGAACGUCGAGGUGAUAAGGGAAGAGGACGGAGACGACGGCAUCCAGGCGGACAAGGUCUACGUGUACCGGUCGGUCGCCGGGAGACGGAGGGACGCCCCGUCUUUCGUUCUCACCCUUUGAGAAAGAUGUUGUCCUAUCCAAAGGGUCAUACCAUUGCCUUGUCCAUAGGGACAUAGAGGCUGGUUUUUGAAUUCCCUUAACCAACCCCAUGAGGAUUCUCCUUCAAGUCCUUGAACAAGACUGGUCUCUAAUUAUAAGGGGUGGGGGGUGGGGGUGGUCUCAGAUGAAGUGGUGGAAGGAAAGUGUUGAAAAUUGAAGGGGUUUUUGAUUCCCCUGAGAGAUUGUGAGAUGUUGGGAUUUGAUAAAGGUUUGGGGCUGUGGAAUAAUAGACCGUUGCAUUUAUAUGUAAAACUGUUUAAAUUUUAUAUACUCUUGUCAUUUAUACCCCAUGGUGAACUAUAUGAAUAAUCUGAAGUCUUAAUUACCACUUUGUUUUGACAAUAUCUGAGGUAUUAUC